AUGCAGUGUCUCCGACAGCUACCCUGGCACGCACCCCGCGUUGAUGCCCGGCCGCUCUUGUCACACGCGUCCAGAUUCGCAAAGUCCGCCCCAAGCACAAGACGACUGGCCACCGCGGCAGCGCAGCCGAGCAAGCCUAGCGAGACCGGAACCGACGCUGCCUCCACCGCCACCCCCUCCGAACCCUCGGCCCGUCGCCAGCGUCUCCGCGAUGCCCGGCCCUUCUCCGACUUCCUCACCGACACCUUCCACCGGCAGCACGACUACCUGCGCAUCUCCGUCACGGAGCGCUGCAACCUGCGGUGCGUCUACUGCAUGCCCGAGGAGGGCGUGCCGCUCUCGCCGAGCCGCGAGCUGCUCACCACGCCCGAGAUCAUCAUGCUCGCCUCCGUCUUCGUCGCGCAGGGCGUCACCAAGAUCCGCCUGACAGGCGGCGAGCCGACGGUCCGCCGCGACAUCCUGCCGCUGAUGCACCAGCUCGGCGCCCUCCGCGCGCACGGCCUCCGCGAGCUCUGCCUCACCACCAACGGCAUUUCCCUCCACCGCAAGCUCGACGCCAUGCUCGACGCCGGCCUCACCGGCGUCAAUCUCAGCCUCGACACCCUCGACCCAUGGCAGUUCCAGAUCAUGACGCGCCGCAAGGGCUUCGACGCCGUCCGCCGCAGCAUCGACCGCGUCCUCGAGAUGAACCGCGCCGGCGCCGGCAUCAAGCUCAAGGUCAACUGCGUCGUCAUGCGCGGCGUCAACGACCGCGAGAUCAUCCCCUUUGUCGACCUCACCCGCGACAACGACAUGGAGAUCCGCUUCAUCGAGUACAUGCCCUUUGACGGCAACAAGUGGAACAAGCGCAAGAUGCUCGGCUACGACGAGAUGCUUGACCUCAUCCGCGCCCGCCAUCCGACCCUGCAAAAGGUGCGCGACCACGACAACAACACCAGCAAGACCUGGCAUAUCCCCGGCUUCGCCGGCCGCAUCGGCUUCAUCACCAGCAUGACGCACAACUUUUGCGGCACCUGCAACCGCCUGCGCAUAACCGGCGACGGCAACCUUAAGGUCUGCCUCUUUGGCAACGCCGAGGUCUCCCUGCGCGACAUCCUGCGCCGCUCCAACGGCGGCGAGCCCAUCGACGAGGCCGCCUACGAGGCUAUGAAGCAGAUUGAGAUGGACCGCCGCCAGGGGCUGACGUCACCCGACACACCGCUUGGCAUGGCGCCCAACGAGGCCGAGCUGCUCGACGUCAUUGGCGUGGCUGUUAAGCGCAAAAAGGCCAAGCAUGCCGGCCUCGGCGAGCUCGAGCACAUGAAGAACAGGCCCAUGAUAUUAAUAGAUCCUGUUGCCCCAACCCUACACGGCGUCAUGCCCCACAGAGUGAAGCACACCAUGAACGGCACACAACCUCCCUUCCAGGUUACCCAACGGCGACCCUUCUCCUCGACACGGCGCCAGCAAAGCAGAGACGACAGCGAGGCCGAGCCGCCCAAGCUGACGCACGUCUCCGAGACGGGCGCCGCGCACAUGGUUUCCAUCGCCGGCAAGGCCGUCACCGCGCGCGUCGCCACGGCCGCCUGCGCCGUGCGCUUCUCGAGCGGCUCGCCCGCGCCGCGGCUCAUCCGCGCCAACCAGAUGCGCAAGGGCGACGUGCUCGGCGUCGCGCGUGUGGCGGGAAUCAUGGCCGCCAAGCGCACGCCUGAUCUCAUCCCGUUGUGCCACCCGAUCGCCGUGUCGCGUGUGGCCGUCGACCUUGCGCUCAGCGACGAUGACGACACGCGCGUCGACGUGCGCGCCACGGUCGAGUGCGAUGGCAAGACUGGCGUUGAGAUGGAGGCCCUCCUCGCGGCGUCGACGGCUGCGCUCACUGUCUACGACAUGUGCAAGGCUGUCGACAAGGGCAUCGUCGUGGACGGCCUGCGGGUGGUCUUCAAGGACGGUGGCAAGAGUGGUCGUUGGGAGAUGGACUAG